CAAAGUCCAAUAUGGCGGCAGUUUCGGAUGGAAGUGGGAAAUCGUUAGAAGAGGUGGAUUGUGACUUGAAAAGGCAUCUGACUGGAGUGAACACGCGUACGCCCGAUCUUUCUACUCUAGCACAAAAGGGAGAUGAAAAACUUGUCGAACAGUUUAUGACUGAAGAUGUUCAAAUCGGUGGAGGAGCGAAUGAAAAACUUCAAAGUCAGCUGUAUAUUGCAUGUUUCUGGGGCUUUUAUGAUGUAGUAAAAGGUCUCCUUGAUAAGGGAGCAGAUGUUAAUGCACAGAACAAGGACACCUUGUGGACCCCAUUACAUGCUGCAACAUUCCAGGAGCAUGGAAAAAUUGUGAUGCUUCUUUUGGAGAGGAAUGCGCAGCCUGAACUCCAAGAUAGUGAAGGAAGGAGCGCAAAAGACUUCGCUUCAGCAUCAGAUAAAGUUUGGUCACAUUUUGCAGCUCUGAACUGCCCUCGAACAUCCAAACAGGAACUUAUAAAGAAAGGAAUUAUAAAGAAGUUGGAGGAAAGUUCCAGAGCGGGCUCAUCAGGAAGGCCUGGAUCAGGUCCAAAGGCAAGAAUGGCGGCAUUUUCUCGACCAGGCUCAGCGUAUGUAUUGCAAUCAGAUCCCUUUGCAAAGAGACAAGUGAAUCAACAAAGCUCUGAUUUUCCUCUUGGCGGCCCCGUUGACGGCGAUAUCUUGGCGGGAACGAACAAGCGAGGUCAAGUUGAACACGUUAGCAAGCCAGCAUUUUCUGUGUGGCGAACAUGAAUUACUUUUAGUACUUUUAAUACUAUUUUUCCCGAUGUUGUUGUAAAGUUUUGGGUGAAAAUUACACCAAUGAAUCGUUAAUGAAUGGCGGUAACACUUGAAAGUUACCUUUUAGACAGAACCAUUAAUAUUUUUGUCUCGUCCAAAAAAUGGCUAUGCGUUUUGCAAUAUUGGAAUUUACGACUAAAACAAUUGUUGCCAGUUGUUGUAUUUCGUACAGAGUAUUGAACUCUUCCGUCGUAAUAAAAGAGAACUAAAUUGUGUUUCCUGAAAUCAAGCUUUCCUCGAUUUCUGUCGUGUUUGUUCUUGGCAACUCUGUGUAACUCAAUCAAACUUUGUACCAAUCAAACUUUCUUUUUUUCUUAUGCUGUGCAAUAAUUGAUUAAUUACGGGAGCAGAAUUAACUUGUCACAGAGAGUAUCAAAGUGAAUCUCUCGUGUAGAGAUUAUUUUAAAAGUAAACGGCUUUAAGCUAAAGUA